AUGAGCCAAGCGCGGUGGGAGCUGGAGAACGCCGUCCAAACUGUGCAGGACUCCGAUGUUGAUGCCGUGUAUCACUGGAACCCGGCCGAGCAGCGGGAAAUGCAGCAGGCCCGCCCCUGGCUCCAGGACCCCACAUACUUUAAGAGGGUCCGCAUCUCCGCCCUGGCCCUCCUGAAGAUGGCCAUGCAUGCCCGGUCUGGGGGCGAUCUGGAGGUUAUGGGAGUUAUGCAGGGCAAGGUCCUGGGCGACACCUUUGUGGUCAUGGACGCCUUCCCGCUGCCUGUGGAGGGCACGGAGACGCGCGUGAAUGCCCAGGCGGAGGCCUACGAGUACAUGGUCGAGUUCCUGGAGACCAACAAGGUGGUGGUCGGCGGGGGUUGGCGGGACAAGAGGGCUUCCGGGAGGGAGGAGAACAUUGUCGGCUGGUAUCACAGCCACCCGGGGUACGGCUGCUGGCUGUCCGGCAUCGAUGUCGGGACGCAGCUCACCAAUCAAAAGUAUCAGGAGCCAUUCCUGGCGGUGGUGGUCGACCCACACAGGACGGAAGCCGCAGGGAAAGUGGAGCUGGGGGCGUUCAGGACCUACCCCGAGGGGUACAAGGCGCCGGAUGCAGGUCCCUCCGAGUACCAGACCAUCCCCAUGGAGAAAAUCGAGGAUUUUGGGGUGCACGCCAACCAGGUCCGUGCUGAUGUGGAAGCAGGGGUGGUGGAGUGA